UCUGCAUACCCGGCCGCAUGGCGCCCAGCAAGCUGCUGCCGCUGCUCCUCGUCACGCUCGCCGUCCUCCUCCCCGCGCCGCCCAGCCUCGGCGCCGGCUUCGGGGCGGGCGCGGGCACCAUCGACAUCACCAAGGUCCUCGCCGGCUUCCCGGAGUUCAGCACCUUCAGCAGCAUGCUCACCGAGACCAACGUCGCGCUCGCCAUCAGCAGCCGCGACAAGGUAACCGUGCUCGCGCUCAACAACACCGCCGUCGCAGUGGCGUUCGGCGGCAUGCUGCGCGUCCCGCGCUCCCUGCUGGCGGACCUCCUCGCGCUCCACGUCGUGCUCGACUACAUCGACGAGCCCAGGCUGGGCGCGCUGCAGCACGACCGCAAGGGCGAAGGGUCCGUGGUCACCACGCUGCUGCAGGUCCUGCGCGCGCCGCCGCGUGGCGUGGGGUUCCUCCGCAUCUACUCCGGGGAUACCGGGCGCGCCAUGCUUUCCUCCGCCGCGCCCGGGGGGCUCGGGAGGAACGCCACCGUCGAGAAGCAGAUCACCGCGAAGCCGUACAGCGUGUCCGUGCUCCAGGUCAGCGGCUUCAUCGUCCCGCCGGGCAUCAGAGUUCCGCGGGCGUUGCCGCCGAGGGCGAGCAGGCACAUGGCAGCGCCUCCGCGCAAGCCGCCUGCGUCGGCGCCAGCGCCGGCGCCCGGCCCCGCCCCGGCGCCCUUCUUGGGGUCCGGCCCGCUGGUUCCGAGCCCGAUCAAGCCGGUGCCUACGCCAAACCUCGUGGAUACUCCCACGCCGGUGCCGGAGGAGACGGGAGUCAUUCCGAUCCCUAGCGUGCACGGUGGUCUUGCGGCGAAGGUACCAUCGGCCGCCGGUCGCGGUGCGGCCAGCUGGUGGAGUAUCGCCGCCGUGGCCCUCGGGAUGGCGACAUGCCUGCAUUUGCAUUUGUAAGUAGUGUAGCUAGCGGCAGAGAGACGGCCGUGGGUCGUGUACUCUGGUGUGCUUGGAUCAACUAGUUAGCCGAUUUUAUCAUUUUCAUUUCGUGAUCUGUAGCCAGUUCUCUAUAAUCUGCAACAUGCAAUUUCAUUUC